GGUCCUAGUGUUUAUUGAACGAUUCGCUUUGACUUGAACUGCAUUCGCUUUGGGACGUAUCGAGACAGCGAGUCUAUAGCGUAGGCGUGCUUGGGCAGACAUUUCAUUCAACAGCUGAAACAAUUAUGGUGUGAUAAAGAGUUUUAAUAGAUAGUCGAUUCGUUACCUUGAGUUAAAUUACACUGCUCACUCCAGGAUAUAGAUUAUUCUCCGUGCCACGGAGUGCCACAAUCGUCUUGCGGCCUUGGAAUUGUAAACACGAAAGUGUAGGUAAUUUUUUUUUUGGCACUUUCUUUCCUUUUAUUUGCAAGAUAGCUCUGACUAAGUUCUUGAUUUAACUACAUGGAUGCUGAAAUGCUGACAGCCAGCGGCGAGGACUGGUUCCGCUUUUUAAAUUUAAUUUUUCAUGCUGAUGGCGUUUCUACAUCAUUGCAAUAAUAGAAUGUAACUCAGUCUUUUUCGCGAAGUGCUUCUUGGGAUCUGCUUCGCUCACAGAAUAAUGUUUCAUUUGAACAAUCUCAUCGAUCAAAAGAAACAAUUGGCACAAAGAGGAAAAAAACAUUUCCACAGCAGGAGAUAAAUUGGAGUAAUAUAUCUGGCUGGAGGGCUCAUAAUUUUACGGGAUAAAAAUACUGAUCGAAGCGUCCCCAAUGCAGCUAAGUCAUCUCUGUCUGUCUUUCAGACGAGGAAAGGAAUUUGGACAAAUAUUAAAGGGAAAUGGUUAGACUUUUUCUUCCUAUCUAUCCACCUUCCCUUUCUCGUGAUUGCCUCCGAGUUUCUUUCCCCUCUCGGCCAGAUUUCAUUUUUUUAACUCGAUGUGUGGGUUGACCCGCGUCAUUUUCAUGAUAUCUCAUUUCAUUUUCUCAAUGCGCACCUUGAGUUCUCUACUAUCGCGAUUUUUAUUCUUGGUCGUUGUUUAAUUAGUCUUUUUAUCGUUGCCACAUUUAUCAUUUUAAAACGUACCUAAGUCAGUAACUCCAUCUGAAUAUUAAGGGGAAAAAAAAAAAAACGUCGCUACAGGUGCUGUGACUCAUCAGGACAUCAUAAGCGGUGAUAAUGCAAUAACUCCGGUAAGGGUUAGCUAGCCGAGAGGCACUCUAAACCUUUGAGGUGAUUCACACCGCUCACUCCAGGAUACAGAUUAUUCACCGCACCACAGAGUGCCACAAUCCUCUUGCGACCAUGGAAUUGUUUGCACAAAAAUGUAGGUAACGAUUUUUUUUUAAACUUUCUUUCCUUUAAUUUACAGGGUAGCUCUGACUUAGUUCUAGAUUUAACUACAUUAAUGCUGAAAUGCUAACAACUAGGCGAGGACUGGUUCCUGCUUUUUAAAUUUAUUUUUUCAUGCUGAUGGCGUUUCUACAUCAUUGCAAUUAGAAUGUAACCCAGUCUUUUUCUCGAAGUGAUCUUUGGGAUCUGCUUCGUUCACAGAAUAAUGUUACGUUUGAACAAUCUAAUCAAAAGAAACAAGUCGUGUAUAAAAAGCCCUACUGACACGUAAUAAGAGUUAACUUAGAAAGAGAGGUUGUCGAUUCUCAUGGAAGCAUGUGUUUUUUUGAAAUGCUUAAAACUGAAACAAAGAGGAAAAAAUUGAUAAAAAUUUCAUUCGAGGUUAAAUUGGACUAAUGUUUGGCUGGAGAGCUCACAAUUUUGCGAGAUAAAGAUACUAGUCAAAGCGUUCGUGAUGACGCUGAGUCAUCUCUCUCUUUGUUUGGAAGCCUGGCAUAUCAACUCCGCCCACGCUCCUAUAAAUCGUGAUGAUGGCGGCUUACUUCCUGACGCUUAUUUACACUUCGUCAGAAAAAAAGGUCAGCCAAUCAUGAGCAUAUAAAAGGACCUCUUGUUGCAGCGUUUAGAUCACCCCUGAUGAAGGCACUAGACAGGAGUGUCAAAACGUUGGGUCUACGAAUUGUAUCUUCUCAGUUGCAUUCAUCAGAUCUUUAAGCCAGAGUAGCAUCAAACUAUGUCUCAUCUCUGUCUGUUGAUCAGACUUUCGCCUAUUUUCUUCUUAAUUACUUAUGUUUUUGGAAACCUCGACAUUUUGAAAAAAUUUAGGGAGAAAUGGUUCGGCUUUUGCUUCCUUACUAUCCACCUUCCCUUUUCUCGUGAUUGCCUCUGAGUUUCCUUCCCUUCUCGCUAGAUUUCAUUUUUUGAACUCGAUGUGUGGUUGGACUCGCGGCAUUUUCAUGAUAUCUCAUUUCAUUUUUCUGAUGCGCACCUGCAGUUCUUUCCUAUUGCGAUUUUCAUCCAUGGUUGUUUGUUUAUUUAGUCUCUCUAUCAUUUAUCAAUUUACCAAGUAGUUAAGUCUGAUCAAUAACUCCAUAUAAGGAAGCUUUCAAAAAAACAUCGUAACAGCUGCACUGACUCAUCAGGACAACAUAAGCAAUGAUAAUGUAAUUACACCAGUAAGGCAUUCGAACUAUCAGUUAGCUGACAGGCAUCCUGAUCGAUCAAGCUAAGAAGAAAAGCUUCUUUUUAAAGAGUAUCGGGAAUUAAGCAACUUUUUUUAAACAAAAUUCGGCCUUUCCCAGUCACGGAUACUCAUUGAUGUCAACAACGCUUCUUUUAUUACAUAUAUAGUUUAAUAUAAAGUGAGCGAAUGUAGUUGACUAAUUACUUAUCCUUUGGCUAGAAGUAACGUGAACAAACCUCAUUUUACAAUUUUAACGUAAUAGCGUUUCACGCUUAGGUCCCGAGACAUCGACAUAAGGAUUAGAGACACCGACCACCGUUUAGCUAGUGAUAUUGUGUACAUUACCUACACCGGCAUGAAAUAUUCAACAAUAUCUGGAAUUUUUAAAAUGGUCUCUCGGCCUUCAAGGUAAAUGGUUGUAAUGUCUUCAAACUGAUAAGUUGUCAACUCUAUUUCAGAACGUACGUACGUCUGUUAAUAGUUUCCACAGAACCAGGGCUAGAAGAUAUUGCGGUUUUUUUUUUUUUUUUUCAUCUUACAAUUAAUUUUAUUGCAAGUCUCUUCAUAAGAGAGAAAUAUUCUUAGCUCUCGCGACAUCAACUCACAUACCACCUUCAAUGUCGAAAGGUUUGAUUGUCCAAUUGUCCAGGAGUCCAAGCCGCCAAUCAGUAAAAAUCUCACAUUCUAUUGCAAAAUUAUGUCAAAUAAUACGUGACAAAGGCUGAAAAAGCUGUCAAAUCAAAGCUAAUAAACAUUAAGGUUAAAAUAAACAUUUAAACUCAAUCAUAAACAAAUUGAAGGAGCUGGUAAGUUGCAUAGAAAGGCUUCGUUAUUGUGUAGUUGCUUGGCAGAAACCUGUGAACCAGUCUACACUUUCGGAGGUAAGAAUUAAAACUGAUGAUUAAAUUUAACAGUGGAAAAGGUUUAAGUGUGCACAAAAAUCUAAGAAGAAGUCAAGACAUUAAAGGCAUUACGUAAAGAGGCUGGAGGUCAACACAGAAGCCUUCAGUAAGCUCAUUGAGUCCUAAAGUUGCCGGAUCUGGUCAGCCGUAGAAUCACUAAAUUUAGUAAACGCCAUAAGCUGACCACAGUUUAUAUUCUCAGAUGUUUCUUUUUUUUACGCAUUACCGCAAAGUAAAACACCGAAAAAGGGCUUCAAAAUAUUUCCAAGGGUAUACCGUUUUAGUGAUUACUCAGAACAAACAUUCCUCAGUUGUUGUUCACAGUUGUUAAUAAGCUUACAGCUUAAUGGAAAGCACUUGCGUAACAAAUCGACACGAAAUAGAAUCUUGAAAUUAGCCAACGCCACCCAAACGAAAGGUGUGACAAAUUGCUAUUUAUCACUGAAUUGUGACAUUUGUAUUUUCCAUUUAUUCUGCUUUGUAUUCGUUAAAAGUUUACCGGUUUGCGUGACUUUCAGUCUACACUCAGGCCUUGGAGUAUUUCCAGUUUCUUGAUAGCGCACACCGACAAGGCUUUUUUUUUUCUUCAGUUGACAUUUGCAAAGCUUUAUGUGAUGGGAUAUUCUCAAUCGAAAGCUAAAAACCUGCCUGUUACAGAUCAUCUAUCAAAAAUAAAAACAUGAAACAAAGCAGGUGAAAAAAUGUUUCGUGCUGAUUAAGACAUGCUACCGUGUUACAAGUUCAACAGCAGCAAAUCAAACAAGUUUACCAAGCAUAUGUUUCAUUGCAAAGCUAUCACCUCCCAGUGAGCUAUCCUCUUAUACUUGAGGGUUGCGGUAGAGAAUUUAAUUUCAACUAUAUUUUCCUAUCUUCUGAUUCUUCGUUCAUUUCCUUUUUAUAAAUUGUGUGACGGUUCAAGGUACUAUACAGACAGAUUACAAUGCGAAGGAGGUGGAGAAGUUUGAUUUAUUGUUGAAUCUUUAGAACUGAGGGGGAGUUGUGAGUACAACAGACAUUUUAGGACACUGUAACAUGAAAGUUCGGCUCAAUCUCGUUUAUUAGACAGCUUUGACAAAUUGCAACUCACAUUCUUGCAAGAAUUUACAUGGAAGUAAUUGGAGAAUACUUCUGACUUUUUGUCCCUCUUCCUCAGCCCAGGUCACUUGCAAAUAUCGUUCAAUAUAAUUUAGCAAACCAUCAAAUGAAGGACGUACUUUGACAGUUAGAAAGACUUUUUGAAUUAAUGAAUUACUUCAUGGCUUCCCUUGUAGGAUACAAAAAAAAAAUUUUUUCGAAGUUACCAUUGUGAUUCAAGUUUCGUAUGAAGAUGAAGGAAGGUUUAUCUGAAAUGCUCAGAUCAUUUGGUCAUGAAGCAUUGUCAAUAAUUAUAAUCUGUGUUAAUCUCCAUCAGUCUUAUUCAUGGAUAUCAUUUCACUGCAAAAUGAUAUAAAUACGACCACCAAGGUUCUCAAACACAAAAGCUGUGAAUUUAAUACUCGAACAGUUAAUAGUCAAAGCAGAACUAUAGAGCUGUUAACAAGGCGUGGAAAUUUCUCUAACAGUUCUGGUUGUUCAGGCACAGACGGGGAAAUUUCUAUAUCAAUUCAGGUUGUUCAGGUACAGAGACAAAUAUUUCGUCGGCAAGCAAUUGGUUUAUGUUGUAAACAUAACUGCAACACGGUGAUCUCUUCUCUGAGCGUGUGAGGGGCGGAAUUUAAACAUAAUGAAGACGAGCCGAUCGCCUCCAAAAUUAUGGUGUGGCGGUAGAAUUUUAAAGACUGACUGCAAAUUGCCAGUUGUUUCUUGUGUUACUAAAGGUAUAAACUGGCGCCUUCUUUCUUGACCGUCGUCCGGUGUUGCUGUUGUGAUGUUUAUCGUUGCAUGACGUCAUAGCUUUGCCGCUUUUAGGAAAGCGAACAUAGGCGCUUGAGGACUUGACGUCAAUCUUUUUGUGGUCCAAAAGUUUCACCCAUCAUAAAAACACAACUGGUUACUCGUGUAAGAAGGAUGUUUAUCCAAAUCUGCAUGUAAAAAAUGUUUGGUGCUGAAAGAUUUCAGUCGGUUAAAACCUUGUUUUCAUCAUAUUCCAUUUCUCUUUUGUUGUCUACAGCGUGAUCACUGAGUUUACGUCAUGGCUGUUCGUUUCCGUUUGCCCCAAUUGAUGAGAGAAGCUGCCGCUGAGUUCGCUUCUACAUUCAUUUUGCUAGUGAGUGAGCAGCAAGUAGAUUUUUAACUGAUUCCCAUAAGUGAAAAAUUAAGACGUUCAGUCGAUCUUAUUGUAGCUCAUGGCAUAACUCAUUCUUUUACAUUGGAAAAGCGCAAACUUUAGUUCAUCAAUUUUAUAUUUAUGCAGACGUUUGGAAUAGCGUCAGUAGCUCAGAUGGUUCUCAGCAAGUCGGAGUUUGGAAAUUUUUUCUCCGUGAACUUCGGUUGGGGAAUUGGUGUUAUGCUCGGCUGCUAUUGGGCUGGUGGAAUUUCAGGUCAGUUGUGGAAAAAGUGUCACCAUCUUGAAAAUAGUUUUCUGUUUCCUGGUCCGUCCAUUUUGAAAAACCGAGCAAUACUUUUUUUUAUUUUCAUAAUUUUAAAUCUCUUUCUUUCUCCGCCCUCCACAAUUAGCCCCACUCAUUUUUGCUUCAUUCCUUUUUUUGUUUUUGGCGCGUUUCCAGCUUAGCUAUGGGUCAUUUCAGGGUUUUAUGCAAGCAAUUUCUUUUUCAAGACGCCAAAAUGAUCCCGACAUGUUUUGCUAAAAUAAAAUGAAGUAGAAUUGGAUUUUAACAAUCUCAUAAGCACUUUACGAAGUUUAUUCUCAUGGUACAUGAUGGAACGCGAGGCAAGAUUGUCGAGAAGCCGAUUAACUGUAGUUACGAUUAAAAUUUUGUGGUAGCUUAAGUUUUAUUUUCAUUUUAAACUAUACCAAAAAGUAGGAUUACAUCGGAAAUCCAGAGUUGAUUGGCAAUAAUCUUGCUUUUGAAGUAAAGUCUUCGCCACUGUGUUAAUUGCCUUACUUUCAUUGGAAACUGUUUACCAUUCAUAAUUUCUUGCGUAAUCUUUUCCGUUGCAAAUCUCAUAUUUUCAGUUCAACUCAUGUGGUUACAUGUAUUAAUGUGAUAAUUCUGAUUAUUUUUUCAGGCGCUCAUAUGAACCCUGCGGUCACAUUGGCCUUUGCCGUCGUAAGAAGAUUUCCAUGGAAGAAAGUUCCCGUAUACUGGGCGGCACAACUACUGGGCGCAUUCGUGGCUUCGGCUUGUGUUUAUGGAGUUUAUUAUGGUGGGUAAUUAUUGAAUAAAAAUGUUCUCAGUCAACGCUUGUGGGUCCAAUGCCGACCCGCAUAACAGUCUACCAGAUAUAUUUUUCUCCAAAAUGUUUCGAAAAUUCAUAAACUGGUAGUGUAAACAGUACUCCAUACUCGGCAGACUUCGAUUACGUUCGUUUCAAACCUGGUGUCUAUAAAGAGUUUAAUUGGAGUUAUUCGUUCCUUACUAUGAAAGGGAUCUCAAAAUAUACAGCUCUGUCCAUAAAAGACCCGCUUCUUUUCAUGUUUUGUUGUUCUUUAACGUAAUAAACAGGUCAGGUUCCAAAAUCCAUUAGUAUACAAUAUGAACUCCCUAUCUUUUUGUUUCCGUGUGCAUCAUUUCGUUCCUAGGAAGGAAAAACUUGAUAAUUCCUUUUAAACUCGUGAAUUGCGCGCAUGCGCAAGAGUGAGUUGUAGAUAUGAUGUUGAGAAUGGCACUCGCUCGCUCGCUCGAUUGGUCGAUUCCUGUAAACUUUUUUUCGAUUUUAACGAAAUGGCGACCUUUGUUGCUAAGAAUAGUGGUGGGGUGAAAAAGAAGCCAGUGAUAAUCUUAGAAGAGUUUAAUUUUUUUCGUUUUAGUUUCAACGAGCGACGCCAGCGACUGGCAGGCGUGCGAGGAUUCACACUGAAAUAAGAGAACAACCUUCGUUUUUCAUAAAAUUGUAAUUUACAAUCCUUGAACUUGAAAGCAAUCUGAAGAUUCAUUAAAAAUAUCUCUUACUCCGAAGCGCUCGGAGUUUACAGCUGUUCAAAAGCUUUUCCUUUUCUGGCGUGAGAUUGAGGACAAAAUCGAUCAUUACAUUUCGUAUCGUGUGUAAUAUGACAAUCAACCACAAAAUUCCCUAAACCAGAUAACAUUAAACAUAAUCCAAAAAAUUCAUGUAAGUCAUCCGUCAAUUCACGAGUUUGCUCACAGAGCACUUUGAUUAGGAAUGUUUACGACUAGUUCCAAUGUCGCUAUGACGAAGGGCUAGCGCUCGAAACGUUAGACUCUUUACUGUUGCCAAUUUAUGUUAAUAACUCGUUGAUAAUACCCAGUUAUUAUGACGUCCCACUAUUACGCGCAAUUCUAAUGAAUCAGGAGUACACAUUUUUUUGCCUCAUCUUAUAGAUGCCUUAAAUGCAUUUGAUGGAGGUGUCCGUCGUGUACUGGGUGAGAAAGGAACUGCAGGGAUCUGGGCAACAUAUCCUCAGGGUUAUUUGUCAACUGGGAACGGCUUUGGUGACCAGGUAAACCAGGGCGAAUCAUUUGGUUGCCAUGCUUAAUAACUCCAAAUUAUCAUGUUCGAGAGUCAAAAAGAAAGAGAAACAGAUAGACAAACCGAUGGACCAACUCACUCAGUCACGAAUAGAUGGGGGCUAGUCUGUAAGGAGUGAAUUAUUGAUAUGACUGGAAUAGAUGGGGGUUAGCCUAUAAGGAGUGAAUUAUUGAUAUAACUAGAAUAUAUGGAGGCAGAUAUUGGCAUAAGAAUCGAUGCACUGAUUCCAAUCCUGAAUAACGAAAACAAUUGCAAGACACGAAAGUUCAUACCUACAGCUAUAUACAAUGGAAGAUCAGAAGAACAGGUAGAUAGAAAGGUAGAUAGACAGGCAGAAAAUUACAACGAAAGAAAAAGGUUAAUGAGAAGGUGGCUAGGUAUUGGAAUUGAGAAACUGCAGACGGUUCGACGUCCAGAAAACAUGAGCCCGUGAACAUUGAUGGGCAGACAAAGCCGGACCAAACCGUAGGGUCAGUUAAAAUUAGCAUUGCGUCACUAACACGACUUAAUGUUUUACUUAGGUGUUCGGCACGGCCUUGCUUGUUGGCUGUGUCUUUGCCAUCAUUGAUAAGAACAAUAACACUCCUGAUAAGGGGGCGACACCUGUGAUAAUUGGGUUGACUGUGUUCGUCAUUGGCGCUACGUUUGGAUAUAACUGCGGUUACGCUAUUAAUCCUGCCAGGGAUCUGGGUCCGAGACUAUUUACUGCUAUGGCUGGCUGGGGCGCUGAAGUGUUUACGUGAGUAUUUUAUCCAACCAGCCUCAGAGGCCGAACUCCAUGAAUCCAUACUUUAAACAAACCCUUAGCCUGUUCGUCUAAUGCAUCUUUGCAGAUCGUACCUAAUAGUGGGAUUCCUAAGGUUAGAAAGGAAUUAUCAACCGAACAAAACAUUCUCGAUAAUGACAAUGUUUUUUUCAUCUCUUUCAGUGCGGGCGACCAUUGGUUCUGGGUGCCAAUCGUGGGAUGCUUCUUAGGUGCAGUUCUGGGUGCACUCGCUUACAUCGGUCUGAUUGAGAUGCAUCAUCCCGAAGACGAUCCAAGCAAGCCCGGAGUGGAACUCGAAAACAUUACCAUCAAAAGUAACCAUGAGUAACCGAGGACACCUACCCGAUGGACAUUGUGAAAAAAAAAUAAUCGUUGGCUUUUUAUAUAAGAUAAAUACAUAUCAUGUUCACUUUGUAGUUAAGUUACUAAGGAUGCGCACUAGCACCGCUGGAUAUCUAUUGAAAUAUUCUCGACAAGAUCCACUUUCUGCAUCUUACUCCUUUCGUUAGUUAAAACGGUGACCGUUUUUACAUGGCUUUGAGAUGAACGUUUCCAACGCUAAUAUGAACCUCUUUUUACAUAUAAAAUUUUAAUGAGCCAAAAAAUUCAAUCUUAUGAACCAAUGCCAUAAGGUCAGAGAUAAAAAAGACCCUCUACUUAGCAUCUUACCAUGUAUGGACACGGUGGAUGAUAUACUGACCUAGCAUUCUACAAGUAAAGAGGGUGUCCACCAUAAUAGGGACUUUGCUGAAGCAAUAAGUCUUUCCCCCUUGACGAACAUUUAUAUUAAAUGCAAUGUGAGCUUGUGCAUCGAAGUAAACUUGGGUAUAUUACAUUUUCAUCGUCAAAAGUCGUUUUUGUAAAGUUACAGUGUAAAACAAAGCUCCCUUUUCAUAGGGCUUUCUUCUCUUCAAACAUUCCUGUCAAGUCCACAGGUCCGAACCCAAACUAUAGUAGGGAAAAAUGGCGAAAAAAGUAAAAAGGCUACGAGCCCAAUUCUAAACCUAAAGAAAUGGAAAUCUGGUUAAAGUCUUUUGCAAAUAUUUUCGCAUACACAGCGUAAGGAGGAAAGGCUUCUCUUUUUUUUUCCU